AUGAGCUCUCAUGUCGUGGUUCUUGAUGCAACAGCCCGACGAGCUACUAUCAAGACGACACCUGGGAAACAUCUAACUGAUGUUUUACACGAAGCGUGUACAAAGCUAGGUGUGGAUGCCAGCCAAUAUGGACUAAAAUACAAAGGUAAAGAGCUCGAUCUUUCACUGGUAUUUCGCCUCUCUGGGCUCACCUCCGGCGCAAAGCUGGAGUUGGUUCAGCUCUCCCGUUCGCCCUCCGUCGUCACCGUCGCUCUACAACUGCCCGAAUCUGAAGCACGAGGGGGGCCCCCAAACAGACGACUUUUGGAUAAAUUCCCCAGCACGACAACGAUAUGGCUAGUAUUGCGCAAAUUCGAGGCUGGAGUUGCUGGAGGUGCUCCGACCCGGAAUAUAACUGGAAGGGGUGUCCCUAGUGGCAAUGAAGGCGCAGGGAGACUGUACUACGAAACUCCGGUCGUCCAGAUUAUGGAACGGGAACUCUCCUCGUUCACUGAUCUGCAGAAAUCUUUGGCACAGCUGGGAUUCAACAACGGAAAUGUGCUGCUGAGGCUGAGCUUUCGUCGUACAGAGGAACCUUUGGAGGAGGCUAUGGUCAAGAUUCAGGAGUACUUCAAACCGUUCGACGACGCGACCCCCAAGGCCGAAGAACCGCCUGCACCUACAGAGCAACCACCACAGGCCGAUGCAUCCAACAAACAAGAGGGGGCACAGCAACAGCCCGCAUCUACUUCCGAGGCACCUUCUACCGCGGAACAAACCCCGCCAACUGCUCCUACAUCCAAUGCGCCUGCUGCAGAGCCCACCGAAGUACCAGCUGGGUUCUCUCGACCCAUAACCGUAUUCUCUCCCCCUUCCAACACUACACCACAGUCCGCACAAACGAACUACAACGAGACCGACUACAUCCCAUCCAUCGAACACGCACAAGCACAUCAGCGACGACUUAAUGCAACCUCCCGACCCCAACGCCUUCCCACGGACGCCGAAAUCGCCGCCAAAGCAGCCGCAGAAGAGGAACGGCUCGCCGCAGUCACUCAAGUAGACGUCAAGGUGCGUCUACCAGACCAAAGCCAAGUCGUGGCCAAGUUCGGACAAGAAGACACGGCCAAAUCACUCUACGACUUUGUCCGAAACUGUCUUGCCGCGCCAUUCGCCAGCGAGAAAUUUAUCAUCACGUCCUCCCUCCCCAAGACAUCUAGCGGAGGACAACCGGGGAGACAUAUCCAAAACGUCGUUCCCGACUCAGACCAACAGCUGCUGAUCAAGGAUCUAGCCAUGAUCGGUCGUGUGCUAGUCAACUUCACUUGGGAUGCGAACGCAUCCCCUGCCGCCCGGCAAAGCCGGGAACUCUUGAAACCCGAACUACGGACACGCGCGCAGGAACUCAAGGUUGAACAGCCCAAGGACGUAACAGAUAACUCGGAAGUGAGCAGGCCGAAGCCGACAAGCACCGGGGAUGAAACUCGCGGCGAGAAGCGGAAGCCAGGCGGCAUGCCCAAAUGGUUGAAACUACCAGGCAAGAAAUGA